CACUGCUUUAGUGCAAGGUCUUUCCAAAGAUAAGAUGGUGUUUAAUCAUGCAGGCACUCCAUAUGCUACACAUACCGGACAUCAGUUGGAGUUUCUUUCAAAGGACAGGUCUGCUAAUUAGUGUAGGCCAUGUGCGCAAAACCUGACGGCGGAUGGGGCUGGGUCAUAGUGGCCUCGGCACUCGUGAUGAACCUGCUGGUGGACGGCGUCAAGUACUCAUUUGGCAUCCUCUUAAUGGAGCUCGUGCGCGUGUUCGGUCGGAGCAAGGGCGAGACAUCCCUCAUCAUGUCAAUACAGGUCGGGGCCAUGCUGCUGUCAGGUCCCUUGACCAGUGCCUUCGUGAACCGCUUCGGAUGCCGCGCGGUGGCGUUUGUGGGAACUCUGGUAGCCACUUCCGGUUUCCUUAUCAGCGCGUUCGCUUCCUCUGUCCUAUGGCUAUAUGUAUCAUUUGGGCUUAUCGCAGGGCUGGGUUUCGGUCUGCUGAACAUGCCCCCGUACGUGAUGAUCGCCCGUUACUUCGACCGGCGACUUUCCCUCGCUAUCGGACUGGGCUCCAUGGGCUCAGGACUGGGAACGCUUAUCUUCAACCCCAUGUCUAAGAUGCUCAUUGACGAGUUCUCCUGGCGGGGCACGCUUGUUAUACAGGCGGGUAUGAUCCUUCACGGACUGGCCUGCUCGCUCGUCCUGCGUCCGCUCAACCACACAGCUCGUGAACCAGACAAACACGGGCAAAGACAAACAAUUCCCGACACUGAGUUAGAUAUAACACGGGAUUUGGAUAAUGGAGAUAGUGUUGAAAUUAAAUCAUUUCAACAAAAUGUUUCUUUAAAGUUAAUGUCAAAUUCAAAUCUCGACAAGGCGGUCUUAGAAACCAAGUUGCUGGAAAAACAAGGUAUCGAGGAAGAUGAUACAAACACAUGUACUGAAAUUAUUGAAAUUAUUCCAGCAAAGUCAUUUCUACAGAUUAACCAAAAGCGUGCUUUUACCGAAGACGUGCAACGCAACUACACGGGACAGAAACGGUGGUUUAGUAUCGCGCCCUUACGCAACCCGGGCUUUGUUAUAUUGAUUGUCUCCAACUUGCUAACAGAACUGGCACAGAAUGUCCCCUUCGCGUAUUUGCCCUAUAUGAUGGUCGAUAAAGGGUUCCCGAAGCAGGAUACAGUUACUGUGAUCUUCUUUAUCGGUCUCCUCAGCACGAUAGCGCGUGCUGUUAUUGGCUUGAUAGCGGACCGGAAAUGGUUCAGUCGGGCGCGCCUGUGCUGCCUCGUGCUUGUCAUCAAUGGCGUGCUGAUCACCAUGGCGCCAUUCUGCGCCAGCCGCACCGCCUUCUUGGCGUUCGGAAUCCUCUUUGGAUUAUCCGCCGGAAGCGCAAGCUCGCUGAGUGGCUCUCUGGUACCAGACCUGUUUGGCGCGGCGCAGAUAGCGGACUUCAGCGGCAUAAACAUGUUCUUCAGCGCCGUCGCGGCCUUCACCGGCCUUCCCGCUGCAGGCUUGCGCAUGCCCAUACAUCAAUGCGUCAUUGUAACCAUGUAUUAUUGUGUCCAUCCAUGUUGCAAGGUGAUUUAGUACACGGCUUUCAUCAGCCGAUCAACCAAAGACAAGAAAACGUGUUUUCAUGUAUUCCACACUCUAGAAGAAAGGCGCAGUGAUGUGAUAGACUCCGAGUAGCAGCUGUAUAGGACCAUGGUAUAUAUACUCGAGCGUUUGCGGGUCUAUCUGCUUCGACCACAGACAAAAACAGGUUUGGUAAACCGUCUUAGAAAACACACACGACGGCCUUUCUUAAAGAGUAUAUAAGUUUUAUAUCUCGAUGACAAACUAAUAAUUUAACUAGCACUGUUUUUAAAAGCAUUUGUGUCAUAAAAUUUUAGACACCGCAACGCCAUUUAUAAUACUAAUACUACUACCAUAAUUACCUUAUUCCAAACAAAUGGUAACGUCAUUGCGUUAUGGCUAUUAUGUUCCAACACUUAAUUUACAUCCAUUCGGUAGCAUUAGAAGUCUGAAAAUAUUCUACGACGCGUUGACGAUUCUCUUAUAAACCUACAUUAUAAACAUACUAUAACCAAUGUAAGUAAUUAUCUAUACUUAAGUUCUUUAUAUUGGUCGAAACCUUCAAACCUGGAUGAGAUGGUCAUUAAUUGUAAAUACACACGUGAUUCCCAUCCAGAAGCACGUCUUAGCCCUUCACAUACAAACAUACCACUGGAGAGCACUGGAAAGGGGUGGACUUAGUUGAUGAAUGCUAUACAUGAAACCUGCAUGAUCGUUGAAUGGUUAGUCCAUUCAUACUUUAAGUUCUGAUAAGGUUCUUGGAAUAUUAAUUUAUUAUCAAUAAUCACAUUAACCAAGCAAGGGUUGGUUUCAGCGUGUGUGGUUUUUUUUUAAUUGGCAACUUUUUCAACCUACAAUGGCAACACAUCGUUACUACUAAAAUAUACAUCAAUAAUCUUUCUUAAAUAUACAAUAUACUGUAAGAUAAUAGAUUCUGCCAUAAUAUUGCUAAUGCAAUAUCAGCAAAUAGACGAGCAUUAACAUGACCAAAAUAUAUAAACAAUAUAUUGAGUAUAGGUAACACUACAAAGACACAUUCAAACGUUUACCAUGUAACUACAUGUACUGUCCAUUCCGUGAUCGUCAUGCCAUAUAAACAGUAGUGCGUUCCCAUCAUGCUUAGGGUGGCUUUACACCCGUCGUUAAAGACCGGUGUGUACACAAUGCCCCAUACGACGCAGCUACCCGGAGUCUAUCCUAUAAGACCGGUGUUUACACAAUGCCCCAUAUGAAGCUGUUACUCGUGGUCUAUCCUAUAAGACCGGUGUUUACACAAUGCCCCAUAUGAAGCUGUUACUCGUGGUCUAUCCUAUAAGACCGGUGUUUACACAAUGCCCCAUAUGAAGCUGUUACUCGUGGUCUAUCCUAUAAGACCGGUGUUUACACAAUGCCCCAUACGACGCAGCUACUCGGAGUCUAUCCUAUAAGACCGGUGUUUACACAAUGCCCCAUAUGAAGCUGCCUCUCGGAGUCUAUCCUAUAAGACCGGUGUUUACACAAUGCCCCAUAUGAAGCUGUUACUCGUGGUCUAUCCUAUAAGACCGGUGUGUACACAAUGCCCCAUACGAAGCUGCUCCUCGGGGCCUAUCCUAUAAGACCGGUGUGUACACAAUGCCCCAUAUGAAGCUGUUACUCGUGGUCUAUUCUAUAAGACCGGUGUGUACACAAUGCCCCAUACGACGCUGUUACUCGUGGUCUAUCCUAUAAGACCGUUAGGUACGCAAUGCCCAAUACGACGCUGCUUCUCGGGGUCUAUCCUAUAAGACCAGUGUGCACACAAUGCCCCAUAUAAUGCUGCUACUCAGUGUCUAUCCUAUACUGAUUCCUCGUUUUCCUCACUUAUCUAUUUCCACUUGUAAUUGUUCACGUGCUUCUGAGCUUUCUUUGAGAAAUGUACAUUCAAAUAAUAUUCUCCU